AAUAGACUAUUUUGUUGACUGAACGUCAUUCUUUUGAAGACCAUGUCUUUCUUUAGUCUUAACUUGAGCAAUAUUAGUUUAGAGAAGGGGAUACACCAUGAUCAGCCUCGAGAUGAGCGUCUGGCACAGAUUGAAAUAGCUUUAUUGAGCAUUAUAUUGUUAAGUGCCGCAACCCUUAACUUUGGACUGUUAAUGGUUCUUUGGAAACGGAGAAAACAGCUAUCGAGGAUGCGCGUUUUUGUUUUUCACCUUUGCUUAGCAGACUUGGUGGUUACAUUUUUCCAAGUGUGUCCUCAGCUGAUAUGGGACAUAACGGAUAGAUUCAUAGGCCCUGACAUAAUGUGCCGUCUGGUGAAGUAUAUGCAGGUCGUUGGCAUGUUUGCAUCCACUUACAUGAUUGUGGUAAUGACGAUGGAUCGUUACCAAGCCAUAUGCAACCCGAUGGUCACUUUUCAAAGACGCAGAGCGCGUUGGAAUGUCCCUAUUUGUGUUGCGUGGUGCAUAUCCCUCAUCUGCAGUCUCCCUCAAGUGUUUAUCUUUUCCCGGGUUCAGGUUGCGCCUGGUGUCUACGACUGUUGGGCUAACUUUGUCAAACCGUGGGGACUUAAAGCUUAUGUGACUUGGACGACGCUUUUGAUAUUUGUCUUACCCAUCUUAACUGUUUUAGUUUGUCAGGUGCGCAUUUGCCGCGCUCUUCAUGUGAACUUUCACAUGAAAACUAAGAAAUGUGGCGAGAAUGGCACCAGACCACUGCCAUCAAGGGCAAGCAGCAUUGCUAGGGUAUCGAAAGCAAGGAUCAAGACCGUGAAGAUGACAGUGGUCAUUGUCCUUGCCUAUGUAAUAUGUUGGACACCGUUCUUUACUGUCCAGCUGUGGUCCGUUUGGGACGUAAACGCACCCACCGAAACUGCCACUUUUACCAUCCUGAUGCUGUUGUCAAGCCUGAACAGCUGUGCGAACCCGUGCAUCUACCUGCUCUUUAGCGGGAGGCUUCCUCAGCGUCCUGUAGAGAUGUGUGUGAGCCAGUCGGACAUAAAAGGCUGUAUGAAUCACGAGGACGCUACCAUGGUCAACUCCUUAUACAUCAGUUUCAAGAGCAUGUCUGAGUCCCGAUAAAACUGCUAUCUUGGAUGUACCUAGAUUAUAGAGUAAAUAUGUUGGAACACAAAUGCAAAAUCCACAGCAAAUUAGUGUUCCAUGUCUCUUACAUGUUAUGUUUCUUAAACGGGGGAGACCUGUCCAGUAAUGUAAAUAUACUAAUAUAAUUAGGUUCAUCAUGUAUUUCUUUAUUUUACUUUAUGCAUAUUUUGAUAUAUAUAUGUAUUUGUAUUGUAUAGGUGUUUAUACUGGAAAUCUCAACAAACAUAUGUACACAAUGUGUUGGUGUUAAUUUCAUGUUAUUGUAUUGAUAUAAAUGUCUGUGCUAUCAGUAAUUUUGUAAACGGUCUUACUCAGUGUAUUGUUGGAACAGUGUGUACCAUUAAAUUGGUAGACAUACUUUGUUCUUUACUACUGUAAAUUAUAUGAUUGCUACCAUAGGAAACAAACACAUUUGGCUGCAUAUUUGAUGCCCAAGCAUGUCUCGAUCUGCUUCCCCUGUUUGGUAGAGAAUGGGGAAUUAUUGCUAUGAUAUGACUUGGACCAAAAACAUUAAAUCAAGAUUUAUG